UUACUUUUUCUUUAACUAGGACUAAAAGUAAUUUGUGUAGUUCAUGAGUUUGUUGGGGGUAGGAAGAAGGGGGUUAGUAUAUUUCACAAAUACGAUGGAGCAAGAAUAAACUAGCCCCAUAUUUUUUUAAGGAAAGAAAAGGGUAAAACGACACUGCAAGCAAAACGGUAGCUAUGUGUUUUCAAUAUCAUAAAUUAGAACAAAAACAUCUUUCAAACUUUGUUCCUGUCUUGUUCGAAAACAAGUACACAUUUUCAUGAUGUUCUUUCUUCAUCUUUUUCUAUUCUUGCUUCCCAUAAAUCCACCACCCUUUUUGCUACAUUCUCUCACAUUUUUCUAUUAGACUAAAUGGGGAGGAUCAAGCCUCAAGUUUUGUUGCAACAAAGCAAAAGAAAGAAGGGACCUUAUCACAUGAAUCCAAUGUCUAUGGUGUUUUACUCUCUAACUCUUGUCGUAUUUGUGUUUUUCCUCUUUGCUACAUUCAGAUAUUGGUCCAUUCGACUCGAGAAGAAGCACGCAUCAGUCUUUGAGAAUGAUAAUCCUUCUGUGGAAUCCAAGAAAUCUGAUCUACCUGGAUAUGCUGUUUUUAGAACCUCUAAAGGCUCUAUAAUAAUGGAACUUUACAAGGAAAGUGCUCCUGAAGUUGUUGAUGAAUUCAUUGAUUUAUGUCAAAAGGGGCACUUCAAGGGGAUGCUUUUUCACCAAGUAAUUAAGCACUAUGUUAUUCAAGCAAGUCAUAACAAAGGGACAGGAUCUACCGAAGAUUGGAACCUGAGAGGGAAGAAAUAUACAAGUAUGAAACACGAAGCGUUCAUGCUUGGAACUUCCAAGGGCAAACACAUCAACAAAGGAUUCGAUCUUUUCAUCACAACCGCACCAAUUCCUGAUCUAAAUGAGAAACUUAUUAUUUUCGGUCGGGUCGUAAAGGGAGAGGACGUAGUCCAGGAAAUUGAAGAAGUGGAUACUGAUGAACACUAUCAACCAAAACUUUCUAUUGGUAUAAUUGAUGUAGAUCUUAGACAAAUGAUGUGAAAGCUCUGUCUAUCUGAAUCAAUAGCUCAACAACUCAUAAUUCUUUUAAUCAUGUACCUUGUGUUUUUUCAAUUGAUAGCCAUUUUAGGUGUAUGCCGAAAAUGAUUGGCUUUGUAAUCUAUUUUUGUAAUUCUUUAAUGAG